AUGUCAACCCUGGAAAAUCUCAGUUCUGCCAGUCAGGAAGUCAGUGCUGAUCAAGCUCUGGCAAAUCUUGGGUACAAAAACGAACUCAAGAGGACUUUGUCUCUAUGGACUAUUCUGGGACUGUCUGUAGCGAUAAUGGGUGUUCCCUUCGGCUUGUCAACAACUCUUUACAUCACCCUUAUCAACGGCCAAUCCGUCACUGUUCUCUGGGGCUGGGUCUUCGUAACACUGUGUUCCAUCUGCAUCGCCGCCUCCCUAGCAGAAAUCUGCGCUGUAUAUCCUACCGCGGGAGGACCCUACUUCUGGUCCGCGAUGGUAUCGACCAGGAAAUACGCACCCAUAGCGUCCUGGAUUACAGGAUGGUUGAACCUCGUGGGAAACUUUCUGGUCACGACGAGCAUCAACUUCUCGGGCGCACAGAUUGUUCUUUCACUAGCUUCUCUGUUCCAUGAAGAAUACGUUGCUACGCCCUUGCAGACUGUACUUGCUUUCUGGGCAUUUACACUCCUUGCAGCGGCGGUUAAUGUAUUUGGGACAAGAUAUCUUAGCGCUAUCAACGUUGGCGCUAUGAUAUGGACUGCCGUUUCGGUCGGCGUCUUCAUGAUUGUUCUUCUGGUCAUGGCGAAAGCAAAAAGAUCUGCUAGCUUUGUUUUCACGCACUAUGAUCCUUCGGCGAGUGGUUGGCCGACGGGCUGGUCAUUCUUCGUUGGUCUACUUCAAGGCGGUUACGUGAUGCUCGGAUAUGGACUCGUCGCAUCUCUCUGCGAAGAGGUUGAGAAUCCACAUCUCGAAGUCCCUCGUGCCAUGGUCAUUUCUGUAGUCGUCUCUGGCUUUGUUGGCCUCGUAUUUCUCAUCCCCGUCCUGUUUACUCUUCCUGACGUGGCUACUCUUCUGGCUGUUACGAGUAACCAGCCAAUUGGCACCAUGUUCAAAAUGGUCACAGGAUCGAAUGCUGCCGCUGUCAUAUUGCUUAUUUUCAUCAUGGGAAUCUUCUUAUUUGCCAGUAUUGGGGCUUUUAUAGCUGCCAGCCGUUACACAUACGCAUUUGCUCGGGAUGGGGCUAUUCCAGGUCACCUUAUCUGGUCUCGCAUGAACAAGAAGCUUGAGAUGCCACUGAUGGCCAUGCUUCUCAAUGUUUUUGUGAGCAUGCUUCUUGGACUUAUCUACUUCGGUUCGUCGGCUGCUUUCAACUCUUUCACUGGAACUGCCACCAUCUGCCUUUCGACAUCAUACGCUACCCCCAUCCUUGCCUCCCUCAUCCAAUCCCGAAAACCAGUUCACGGAUCCGCGUUUACCUUACGCUCGUGGGGCUUCCUCAUCAAUGGCAUCUCAGUUUCAUGGAUAUUCUUCUCCAUAAUUCUAUUCUGUGUGCCCGUCACUUUACCUGUGACCGCAGUCUCGAUGAAUUACUCCAGCGUUGUUUUUAUGGGCUUUGGAUCUGUGAGUGUUGUGUGGUACAUUGUCUACGGAAGGAAACACUACAAAGGUCCUGUAGCCAGUAUGGAGGAUGACUACCUGCCUGGUGUUGUGGUGGAAACUUCCGGUCAUGAAGGAGAGAUGGAAACUGUUAAGAAAUCUUGA